AUGCCCUUCGGGCUUACCAAUGCGCCAGCGACGUUUCAGAGAGCUAUGGAUAUCGUGCUCUCUCCGUUCCGCUGGAAAUGCUGUCUGACCCAGCUCAGGAGCUUCUUGGGACUCUGCAAUGUCUACCGCAGAUUUGUCCCACAUUACGCGAAAAUCGCGCAUCCGCUCAAUCAACUAUUGAAGAAGGGACAACCGGUCCAGUUGGAAGGAUUCGACGAACCGUGCAAGAAAGCUUUUCAUAAGCUCAAGGACGCCAUCUUGGCACCGCCAGUGUUGGCGCUGCCGAAGAAGGACCUACCCUACUCGGUAGAUACCGAUGCAAGAGACUACCAAAUAGGCGCUGCACUAUUUCAAACACACCCGGAUGCGCAACGCAAACCCAUCGGGUUCUUUUCAAGAACGUUAGCCGCAGCCGAGAGAAACUAUUCUGUAUCAGAAAAAGAAUGUCUAGCGGAAAUUUGGGCCGUACAGACUCUAAGACCAUAUCUAUAUGGCGAGCACUUCAUUGUGCAUACCGACCAUGCCUCAUUGAGGUCGUUGAUGAACGUAACCGACCCCAGCGGGAGAUUAAUUCGAUGGAGGCUACGCCUCUCGGAAUUUGAUUUCGAAAUCAAGUACAAGAAGGGCAAGGCUAACAGCCAAGCUGAUGCAUUGUCAAGACUACAGACCGCUGGAGAAACCGUCGACGAAAUCGACGACGAAAUUCUAUGCUUUAUGGCCGAACCGGCCGAGGGAACAGUGGAGGACGAGGACAAUUCUGACGCGUUAGACGACAUCCUCGCUUUUAAGGGGGGGCCGCCUCUGAUCGCCUCGAUCAAUUCCAAGCUGGACCGCGUCCUAGGGUUGAGCCAUUACGCAAAAUUGGCAGGUCACCCGGGAGGCAGGAAACUUUACAAGACAUUGAGAAGAUAUUUUUAUUGGCCUACGAUGGCCCUAAACUGCUACGCAGUCGCGAAGAAUUGCGCCACAUGCGCGCGGGAAAGGGUGAAGUUAAGAAGAAACACGAAGCAAAUGAAGCUGUUCACGCCCAAAGCUCCGCUGGAGUUUGUCGCCAUCGACAUCCUCGGCGAGCUAAUUACAACUAAACGAGGAAAUCGGUAUAUUCUCGUGAUCAGCGAUCGAUAUUCGAAACUGGUACGAACCGUACCGUUGAAGAAGAUAUCAGCUGCGCACAUCGCACAAGCCUUCGUUCACCAUUGGGUAUUCGUGUACGGACCGCCGGUCAAGCUGCUGUCCGACAAUGGAACACAGUUCACGGCCCGGUUCUUUCAGAACGUCUGUCGAAUUCUCGGCAUACGCAAUGUGUUCACGACUACGUACCACCCGCAAGCCAACGGCCAAGUUGAGAGGUUUAACCGCACGCUGACUUCCGCGUUGUGA